AUGAACAAGCGGAGCUUGUACGAAAACUUCAAAAAAAUAUACAAUUGUCUGCAUGGGGUGAAAACGGUCUCGAAUUUCCAGGUCACUGGGACGUUGACUCCGCUGGAGUUUGUUGAGGCGGGGGAUGAGUUGGUGCAGAAGAUGCCUGUGUGGGCAUGGGCCGAGGGCGAAGAAGGUAUUCAACCCUUUCUUCCACCAAAAAAAAAGUACCUGGUCUACCGUGGGGCCCCGUGCUAUCAGCGAGCCCCGGAUGUCCAGCACCUCGAGGACAAUGACUUGGAAGACGAAGAUGGCUGGGUGACGACACACGCUGAGCACCAUCCCGGCCAACCCGUCGUCAUACCCCCUGAGAAAACGAUCAACUGGGACGAAGAGGAUGAUGAUGAAGAUCAUGCAGAGGACACUGGCGAGCGAGAGUGUCGUUUGUAUGAUGUGUAUAUGGUCUAUGAUCAAUACUACCAAACCCCACGCAUCUUCCUUAUUGGCUACGCCGAAGAUCACGCAAGCCUUCUGAGCAAGGAGGAGAUGAUGCAGGAUGUAUAUGCUGCAAAUAGGGAAAAGACAGUUUCUAUUGAUCCCCAUCCCUUUCUAAAGGCGGCGUGUAUCAGUAUUCACCCUUGCCGUCAUGCUGAGACAAUGAAACGUUUGAUUCAGCACAUGAAAACGCGUUAUGAAGAGGACCAGACCCACGCUACAGAAAAAGGUGCCUUUGUUUUUCCCACUCAUAUGGCACUUUUUCUUUUUCUUAAAUUUAUUUCGUCCGUUGUGCCGACGAUUGAGUACGACCUUUCCACUAGCAUUGAUGUGUAG